AGUUUUAGCGGAAGUUGUUGGACGCUGUACACGUCGCAGGAAACUUGACGCCGUGUCGGUGUAGCUGUUUUCUUUGCAGAGGAAUGUCGCUGCUAUCGCUCCGUCAGGAUGUUUUGAAAAAACGAGGUUGGGACCGCACUCUCGUGUCUCACUAAAUAACUAUGAUGCUCAAAACAACAUGAUAGUUUCCUCCACCGCUGACUGUCAUGCAAGAACAUCUGAGCAGAUUGAACAACUGUUCAAUUUAGAAUCAACACGAGGGAUUUGGCAUCAUUUAUUUGGCACUGUGUUAGCAUGGACCCGUAAUUUCCUCAGCCAUUAGGAGACCCCUUUCUUCAUUGCGUCACAUAUUGUACAAACGUGUCAACUCUCAUCAAAAUGUUUUCGGCACUCAAAAAGCUGGUGGGAUCUGAACCAGGGCAGCUCAGAGAUAAGAACAUUCCGGCUGGUCUGCAAUCUAUGAACCAGAGUUUGCAGAGACGCUUUGCCAAAGGGGUUCAGUAUAAUAUGAAAAUAGUUAUCCGUGGAGACAGAAACACUGGAAAGAGUACAUUAUGGUAUCGACUGCAGGGCAAGAAGUUUGUGGAGGAGUACAUCCCUACUCAGGAGAUUCAAGCCACAAGUAUCCAUUGGAAUUACAAAACUACUGAUGACGUGGUGAAGGUAGAGGUGUGGGACGUAGUAGACAAAGGCCAAAAAUAUCCUCUUCCUGAAGGUGUAGGCAAAGGCAAAAAGCGUGGAGACAAUUUGAAACUGGAGAAUGAGCCCCAAGAGUCAGACGAGGUGGCCCUGGACGCAGAGUUCCUGGAUGUGUACAAGAACUGCAAUGGAGUGAUCAUGAUGUUUGAUAUUACCAAGCAGUGGACAUUUAACUAUAUCAUGAGGGAGCUGCCCAAAGUCCCCACCCAUGUGCCGGUGUGCGUGUUGGGGAACCACAGGGACAUGGGCGAACAUCGCGUCAUCCUCCCUGAUGAUAUUAGGGAGCUGAUUGCUGGACUGAACAGGCCAAUGGGCUCCUCCUACAUCCACUACGCUGAGUCCUCUAUGAAAAACGGAUUUGGUUUAAAAUAUCUUCACAGGUUUUUCAACAUCCCCUUCCUGCAGCUUCAGAGGGAAACCCUGCUGAGGCAGCUGGAGACCAACCAGCUGGACAUGGACGCCACCCUGGAGGAGCUCUCUGUCCAGCAAGAGACAGAAGAUCAGAACUAUGAGAUUUUCCUGGAGAACGUGGAGUCUCGCAGUAAGGGCUAUGGCUCACCUGGUCCGGCCAAUGGCCAGAGUCCCUCCUCAGGCUCCCAGUCCCCCAUCGUCCCUCCCAGUGGGGCCUCCACAGGAAGCUCCAGCCCCAGCACCCCUCAGCUCCCAGUCCCCUCUCAGAUGCUCCCACAGUCUCCGUCUGUGUCUGUGUCUUCCCCUCCACCACCCACGGCAGCAGCUAGCGGCGCAGCUUUACCCACUGUUGAGUCAAAGCAAUCAAUUCAGUCACCUGAACACCUGCAGUCAUCAGCUCCCCAAAAACGCAGCUUCAUGUCUCGCUGGUUUGGUUCAGCACCUUCUGCUGAUGCUGCCCUGUCUGCUCCAGAUGACACUCCAGCACCCGCUUGUCCCACGAAGGUUCAGAGUGUGGAUGAUUUCGUGCCAGAUGAGAGACUUGACAGGAGUUUCUUAGAUGACAGCAUGCCCUCCAAGACCAAGGUCCCUCAUCCUGCCCCUGUUAUGGCUGGGGACAGUGACAGUGAUGGUGAAGAAAAAGGAAACCCAAUGGUGUCCGGUUUCCAAGAUGAACUUGAUCCUGACGACACAGAGCCGAGCCUUCCUCAGCCUAAAACCCUGCCCCUAGGCAAAGAUAUAACUCUCAGCAGUGAUGAGGAGGAUGCAGUACCAGCAGCCCCCACUGUCACACAGGACCAAGACUUGGAGAGUGAGCCGGAGCUGAAGGCGCCUGUCAUCCAAACGGCCAAACCAAAGUUAUUAACUAAAGCUCUGGAGUCCAGAGGCCAGACCCCAGCACCCAUCUCCCUCACUUUAACUCCAGCUUCAGAGCAACAUACCAGACCACAGAGCAAGAAGAAGGGAGGUACACCCAAAGCUGAGGAAUCCGACAGCGACCUAGAGGCCCCAGUGGCCCAGCAGAUGCUCUCCUUUGUUUUGGAUGACCCAGACUUUGAGUCUGAAGCAUCAGACACACCAAAAAAAGCAAAGGAUACAUUUCCAGUCAGAGAUGAGCUGCUUUCAGACUUAUCUGAGGAUGACAUGCAGUUAGCCAAGGUGCAGGAGCCUCUGAAACCUACUCUGAUUUCCUUCAAACACAAGGAUGACACCGACCUGUUUGGUCUUGGAAUCCAAGAAGAGGCUUCUGCAGCCAAGGACAGCAGUGAGGACCAGGAAGAUAAAGAAAGCAAACACUCUAAAGAAAAGAAGAAAAAGAAGAAGAAAAGCAAAGAGGAGGACGACAAGAGCAAGAAGAAACACAAACACAAGAAGAAGGAUCAAGAUGAAGCUGCAGGAGACGACAAAGAGAAAAAGAAAAAAAAAUCCCGGACCAAGAAAAAAGAGGUGGACGAGCUGGAGGACUUCUUGGGUGGCGGACCGGGAUCGAUCAAAAGAGAUGAGGGGGAUUAUGAGGAACUAUAAAAGCUCCUGUUGUACUAGAAGUCUUCAAAGACUUCUAGUUUCUUGGUCACUCGACUUCUAUGUGCAUAAAGCAGCAUCUCCAAGCCAUACACAAAACCCAAGGCUACCAAUCACACCCAGGUAGAAGGAGAUAUGUGGAGGACUGAUUAGCCCACUGCACUACUGCUGUUCAUUCCAUCCAGAAAGGAAACCAGAGAGGACCAACAUGUCUUGUGUUGCACUAGUGAGCACUAGUUUGUCGGGUGAUGAUGGCUGUAGACAUCAAGUGGCUAUUUGUUCCUUCACAUCAUAUUUUCUUUGCUUGGUCCACUCUGAACCAGUUGCUGUAAAUACGGUUACAGUCGUCUGAAUGUUGGUGUAGUAAUGGAGAGCAUGCUCAAAGUGUCCGGCUGAGAGUUCGGUGUUCUUUAUAACUUUGUAGCUGAGGGCUCUCAGAUCUGUCUCCAUCACCAACAGAAGAAGUUUCUUUCCACUUUUUACUGUUGGAUUGUGUACAGGCUAUAUUUGUUUUGUGUCUGAAUCUGCUUGGGCUCUAGAGCUCAGCUCAUCUUUUGGGAGGCUCUCAGCCUAAUCGAGUUAGCAUCACCCUGGUUCCCGCCACCCCUCAGGAUCAGUCAUCUUCUCUGCAUGUGAGACUAGCUUGUUUCUCAUACAGAGUCACUGACAGAGCAUCUAUCGUACAGUAAAUACCCCUCAGACCGUCAGAGUCCAUUUAUCAGAAUGUGAUUCCUUUGGCCCAGCCUGAAGGAGGAGUUAGCACAAGAACAGCUAACACACCCCCUCGUCUCUGCUUGUAGUGGUUGUGUGCGUUGUACCGUUUGCACCACAAAGAUCGUCCGUCUUAUCCACAUCAUUCAUACAUUUGAAUGAGUAUGUAGUGAAUGGUAGCGUAUGGAGCUUAUCACGAGCCAUUUAUACAGACUAUGAUCAGUCUUUGUCAUCAUCAACCAACUGAAACCUCACUUCAUGGAUGUCCUCUUGACCGAAUUUCAGUCACCACACCUGGAGAUGCUUUGGCCCUGGAAGAGAAAUCCUCAUGUAGCUGAAGUUAGCUUCCUAUUGGAUACAUAAGUUAAAUGAUGAUAUUUACAGUCUAAUUUAUUGAUUUUUUUUACACACACACGAAGUGUGUUGAGCAUCUGAGUUAAGGCCUUAAUACAUUUUAAACCCACUUUCACAUUUGUGACAGUCACAUUUUAAUACUGGAACACUGAAAACCUCUUUUAAAACACUAUUCUGCAUUGAUCUUAAUAUUCAGUUAUGUUUCAUCACAGCCACUGAAUGUGAAGAAUUCAUCAAACAUCAGCAUCACAUUUUGUGAUUCACAAAGCUUUGCUAAUCAUGGAGUUUCAGUAAACCUCUAAUCAUUUCAUUCACUCAUUCGCCUGUUUCUAAACACAGCCAAGGAGAAUGUGGUGCAACAAUGAAGUUGACAGCGACACCUACUGUUCAUUCGAUGUUUUUCCACUAGAAGGCUUCUGGUGUUUUAUAAAAGAAAUAAAAACUAGGACGCUGUGGUCAAAUCAGUUGAAGGAAACUGGGAUAUUUUUUCCUUCUACUGCAGAGCCACAGGUUUCCACCCAGGUCGGUUGGUGGCUCUUACAUGUGCAGCAGAACUUUAAAGGAACUGGCUGGAUGUCCAUCCUGCUGUUUUCAGAUGAUGUGGAGUAAUGUCUACACACCUGAUGCCACUGCCCUUCCUGUCUAAGCUCAUUAACAUCUGCUACACACAAACUAGUUUUGUGUUUUCUGCAUCUGCCUUACUGGAGGUCAGUUUAAGGGAAUGUCUCCAUCAGCCUUGGGUUAAGUGUUCUUAAUGCAAACCACUGCUGGGCACAGUGUGUCCUCCUUAAAGCCUGGCCUGAAAUUGCAGUGGAUUAAUACUUGUUUGUUUUUCUUUGGUUCCCAUUGGACAGCAAUCCAGAAUUUAGCUUUCUCUGUAUGUGACACUCCCAUAAUUUCAUCAUCGUUUUACCCUGAUGAUAUUUAUUGCUUGGAUUUAUGUUUGAGUGACUUGUGUUUGCAGAGCAUGCAGCUUUUUUCUGGGCUAGUGUUUAGUGCUAUAGGUUUCAUGUAUCUUUCAUCCAGCAGCUGCUCACUGCAAAUGGAGACUCCAUGUAAUGAUUCCAGUAAGGAAGGCUUCAUGGUCAAUAGAAACAGUGUAUUUUUAGACAUUUUGACAGAUUUCAUACACUUUUCGUGCUCCACACACUGUUACACUGUUUACAGUUGAAGCUAUGCAGCAUUGAUCCUGAAUACUGUCUGCUGUUUUGUCUUGUGUGAUUGAGGAUAAAUGCUGAAAGCAGUUUCAAGUAAGGCAUGAGAAUUAAAUGUACACUAUGGAAAGAAUGUUUAGGGUAGGUACAGAUCUAAAUAUAUUUAAGGAGCUUUGUUCCAAAAUGCGUAGACCACGUGGAAACUGUGACAGAAAGGUUCUAGUCGGGGGGUGCUUCUAGAAUUCUGGCAUUUCUCAUUGUAGAUUUGCACUUUGAAAUCAUUGUAAUUAAGGUGUUUUUCCAUGUGGCUCCUUUGGAAUGAAACAUUUAUUUUUCACCCCAUAUGAUCUGCUCUUACACAAUGUGUGGGAUUGCCUGUGUUCAGAUUUGUCCAAUAAAGGCAAACAUUUCUUCAUA